AAAAAAAUAUUAAGAAUGGCAUUUGAUGUAAAUAAAAUGAAUUGGAGUGUCAUUACUCAUUACCCAACAUCCUCUUCUUUUAAAUAUGACGUUAAUGCUCUCCUCCUAAACUCUCUUGUCCUUACUAAUAAUCCAUUCCCUCUUGCAAAAACCAAAACAACUCCUCCUCAAAAAACCAAAAGCAACCUCAAAAUCAAACCCAAAUCAAUGGCCACAAACUUCUAUUCACGACUCUUCCUCCUGAUUUGUGCCACCGUUUUGAUGAUGAUGAUAACUUCAUCACCGACAGUUGAAGCUGGAGGAUUAGACCUCGGAAUGGAAUGGAUUCAUCAAACAAAAACAGCAACCUGCGAAGGUUCCAUCGCUGAUUGCAUGUUACAACAAGGUGAAGAAGAGUUUCAGUUAGAUAAUGAAAUCAAUAGGCGUAUCUUAGCAAAUACUAAGUACAUCAGCUAUGGUGCGCUUCAGAGGAACACUGUCCCUUGUUCUCGCCGUGGUGCUUCUUACUACAAUUGCAAACCCGGUGCUCAGGCUAACCCUUACAGCCGUGGAUGUAGUGCCAUUACAAGGUGCAGGAGUUAAUUUUUUUUUUUUUUUUUUCAAUUUUUGAAAAAAAUUAUUAUUAUUAAUGAUGUUUGGUUGUGAAUUUUUAUAUACAUUAAUUAAAUAUUGGAUUUUUAAUCCAUUUAUUUGUGGGUCACUGUUGUGAGUUGUGACUCUUUAUGAAUAUGAAUAUACUGUUCUAUUACUGUUGUUAAUUAA